AUGGCGAAUACAGCGGCACACGUCACGAUUACUUUACCAGUAGAUCCUGUUGUAAUCAAAACUGAAGAGGAUCACAUUCGUCGGCGCUCAAUUAUUCGUGAAUUCUUUUUAAAUACAUCAGCACAUGCUCUGCCUGGGAUUGCUCGUAGCAAAAGUAUUCACAAUCGUGUGUUUUGGUCGAUCUCCUUCGUCAGUUUUACUAGUAUUAUGAUAUAUUUUAUUAUCAAAUCGAUUCUUGCUUAUUUUGACUAUCCAACACAGUUUAAUUUGGAUGUUGUUGAAGAAUGGCCACAAUAUUUUCCUGCAUUCAGUCUUUGUAAUGCUUCACCAUUUUGGUUGGAUCAAUUUAUAGGACCAUUUUUAAAUUAUAGCAAAGUAUAUAAUCUGAAUGUGUCGAAUGAUACAACGACAUGGACAACAACAACAGGCAUCUAUAUACGAAAUUUUAUCAUCGAUAAAUUGAACCGAAAUGAAUCAGUAGAGUCGUUCUCUUUUCCACUUUCUUCCAUGUUAUAUUCAUGUUCGUUCAAUUCUGUGCCAUGUACAGCGGCUGAUUUCAUUCCAUUUACAUCGUCAUCCUACGGUAUCUGUUACACAUUCAAUGCAAAACUGAGAAAUAAUCGCAGUGGUAGUGUACGAUAUGCAAAUCAGAAUGGUGCAGGUGGCACAUUGGCUUUAGGUUUAUAUGUUUAUAGUUAUCAAUACGUUCCUUAUAUUCGAGAAGGGAUUGGAAUCAUAUCUUUAGUGCAUGAUAAUACACAAGCACCCUUGAUUGAAACAGCUGGCAUACAAUUAGCAACUGAAAAAACACAUAAAUUAGGAUACAAAAAGAAGACAACUUUUUUUCUAUCCGCUCCAUAUACAUCAUGUACAAAACAAAUUUCUCCUUCAAUGAAGGCAAUGUUAAACAGUUUUAAUGGCGCUGACUAUGAAUACUCGACAACAAUCUGUCUUCAACUUUGUCGACAAACUUUUGUAUAUGAUCAGUGUGGCUGUAUCAAUCCUCAAGUCGCUAGUGCUCGAUGGAUUAUGGAUAAGAAAACGAAUCAAGUUAUUGAAGCAGUUUUCUGUAAUCGAACUAAUACCUGCUAUCUCACAGCCAUGGAUCGACUAUUAAGUUCAACUGUUCUUGUAGACAACUAUUGUUCAGAUUGUUCAGCACAAUGUUCGAUCACAGAUUUCAUUAUUCAAAUAUCUUCUCUUAAAUCACCAGCAGAUUGGCAAAAAAAUAGUAUUAAAGCAUUUGUAGAGAACUCGACGAUUCGAUAUCCCGACGACUGGUCAAAGGCAUGGCGUACAUAUGUUGCAAUGAAUUAUGUGUCUGUCAAUAUUGUACGAGAAACUGAUAUUGUAGAAAAUAACACACAAUCGGCGACCACCGGUCUAGUUGAUGUUCUGUCAAAUAUUGGAGGUCAAACUGGUUUAUGGAUUGGAAUCAGUUUUCUUUCAAUCAUGGAAAUCAUUGAAAUGCUCUAUCGAUUACUUCGAUAUCAAUGUCAGCGGAUUCGUCUAACAAUACAAAGAGAAUAA